CGGGGCUUCAGCGGCCGGCGCCGGGCGCGGCAGGGCGCCGGGGCGGCAUGAGCGGCGACGCCCGGCAGCGCCCCCAGGAGGCGAGGCGGGGAGGGGCGGCGCGGGGGCGGCACCGCGGCCGGCCGACCGACCCACGGUCCUUCUCCGUCCGGCCGACGGAGCGCGGGCGGGAGACGGAACGUGGGGCGCCCCUAACGCCUCAUCGCUCCGGGGAACCGGGGACGCGGCGCCCGGAGACCCCGGCGGCAGCCGGAUGUGCUUCCAUGGCGGACGCCGCGCGCCCGUGGAGAGGACAGAGGGCGAGCACUGGAACGCCCGGAGGCCACCCGGCCCUCGUCGUAGCCCGCCCGAGGGUCCGUCGACCCCCGCAGACCGCAGAUAACGUCUCCCAGCGACGUCUGCGGCGCUUACCCGCUCCAGGCCCUCUCCCCCAGAAGCAGCUCAUCACCCAGCGCCCCCACCACUCGCCGCCUCUGCGUCGCGGGGGCUGCUGGGAGAUGAAGUUCAGAGCCUUGCGGAGCCUUGAGGAGGCCACCCCCAAGGGGACUACAACUCCCAGAAUGCACCUCCCACUCAGCUGCUUUGCUUUCUCCCUCCUUCUCCUCCCCCGUUCCUUUGGUUUUCCUCAAGCCAGAAUCUCUGUCUACCGACUGCUGUUCUCGGAACCCGUGCCCUUGGCUGUCCCUACUGCACUGUGCCAAAGCGCCAGAGUGAUUUCAAACGCACAGUCGUUUUGUUUAAAGCCGUAACCGACGAAGCACGAAGAGGGAAGAAAGGGGAGGCAGCUACCUGAAAAACUUGUUGCCUGUGAACCUAGCCCUAUUGCUGUGGGCGGAGGUUGGAUACCUUGGGACUUUUGAGGAAAUACCAACGUCCCCGCCAAAGAAAGGGGCCAGAGGCACGGAAUCUCCCUAUUUCCCGUGUAAUCGAUGUUGUUCUAUGUUUUCAUAGCUAAUGUAUUUCGGAAAUGGCCCGCGAGGGACUUAAGGACAUCAGCUUUGCCCUUAAUUCGCCUGAGUUACGAAUUUAAUUCAGCUGCUUCCUUGAGACCAAGUGACAGACGACCCACAAGUGAAGAUUUUGCCGCACUGGCGUGAACAAACCCCUGCGAAACAGGACGAUGUCAUAAUCUCAAGCACUCAAAUUAAAACUACUCAGUUCCGCCAGAUUAUACUCAUUCGUUAAAGAGGUGCCCCCCGAAGAAAAAAGGAUAACCGUGUAUCCCACUUUUAGAAGGAACCAGCUGUAGCCUUCAUGUUUUCCUGCCAGCCUCCAGCCUCCAUGACCUUCCCUGAGUUCCAAAGGGCAGAUUCCAACAGUUGCUAAUCAAGGGAGGAGCAGCCAAGAAACCACCUGGGGUGAGAUUCAAGGGACCAGAGAAGCUCAUCGAGAUGAGGAGACACCACCUGAAACUAUAGGAGUCCAGGCCCUGCACACUGCAAUCUUGGAGAUCCCAGCCUCAAACCACUGCUGUAAAGCCCUCCAUCACAUCCUCCUGGGUUGGGACACAUAGUUUUCGAGGACAGGAGCCCAGUGUGUCCCCCUCUGCCUGGCAAAGCAAUAAAGCUGUUCUUUUCUA